AUGUCCAGCGCGGGGCUGCUCGCCGACAUCACGCGGCUGCGCAUGGCCGCACUCCUACCGCCCUCGGCGCGCGAGGCGUAUCUCCAGUCUUCCCAGCACGAUACCGCGGCCCCUGUAGCGGCGGAACACAUCGCGCCAGUGCUGGCGGCUCAGGUCGAUCUCAACCUCGUGCAAAAGCUGGCGGGAUUGAGUGUCGAAGAGCAGGUUGCGGCCAUGGACGACCCCAAUGUCGUCGCUGGGUUGCUGGGGAUGCCUGUUCUCGGCCGAUCAUCUGCGAAACCCACGUCUGCGGUGUCGACGUUCUCUAAAUCUGCCGCGUUCGGCGUGGCGGACCUUCGAAGAGGGCUCGAGGAUGUGGUCGGACGUAAAGUCUACUCGAACGUGGGCGCGUCCAGAGGGUCCAACUCAGCACAGCUUGCGACCACAGCCCCUCCUGUCGAGGCAGAGCAUUCACCCGUCCAUCCACAGUCUGCCUGUCCAUCUACCAUCCUACAGCACCCCGCUCUCACUCACAUCACCGACGGUGUUAUUUCCCACCUCGACGGCCCAUCGCGUCUCAUUCUCCGGCUCGUUACCAAGCAUCUCUGUGAUCGAGUCGAUUAUGAUCUCCUCGCAGACAUCAUCAUCACGGCCUCUGGUAUCACCACAGCUCGCGGUCGCCCACCCCGCUCCGACUUCAUCAACUAUCCCCACCUCCGCAGCGCGCCACGUACCCUCACGAUUCGCUCUCUUCCGCCCAACCCUCUAACGACCCGGCUCGACCUCCUCACGGCCAUCACCCGCGUUCGGUGCACCCAGGCAGGCCUGCCAGCGCUAUGGACGGUGCGCGCCCCAACUGCUAUCAUUGAGGCCGUUGUUGCGCCCCUCACCCAGCAACAGUGGAUCACUGCGCCGACACUCCGCCUCCCAACCCUCACGCACCCCACUAACAUCAUCUACGAGAUCACGUACGCCUCAACCUCUUUACUUCUGCGUGCAAACCCGCACUGGACCAUUUGCCAGGGUGUGCGCCGUUUAGCUGUUGUCCUCAAGCCGUAUGUUGGCGAACUCGCCCCCGUCCCAGAGCGUAUACUCUGCACGACGACGCCCGAUAGCGUGUUGGAUGAGGUGAUCAAUCCCAAUGACGAUCCAGAGCUCGAGGUGGGGCAGGAGCUCGUGCACUUUGAAAACCCCGAACGAUCGUUGUUUGACUGUUUUCCUGGUCCGAUCCAGGAUACUGUGGGUUUCUUCGACAAGCUCGCAGCGGUAUUAGGGCGCUUCGCAAGGCUUGAUCUGAAGCUCGUCGUUGUGGGCACUGAGGCAUUGGGACCCGCGUAUUAUACGUACCCCGUGGACAGCUUCGACGUGAAAGAGCGGUUCCGGGAGAUGAUGCGUGCCGCGAUCUCUGAGCGGGGAGUUGACCCGAAGCAGGCGAGGAAGCUCCAGCAGCAGCUCAGUUUCGUAACAGCCGAUGAGUGGGAGGGUUGGUAG